UAAAAUGCUUCAUGUGCCAUAAACCUUCUCAUUUAAAUAUUGCCAACCCAUUGGAUGCAUUAGUGAAAAAGAAAACUAUUCCCGCCCAGAACAAGCCGAAGCGCUUUAGCCAAAACCGGUAGUAGCAUCGUGCUCGUGACUUGUGUCUCGUGACUGACUGCGGGCUGAUGAAUUUUUGAACUGUCUGCGGAGUAGGUUGUGUAGGAAGUACACUACUCUCCGCGGAGCAGCUGUAAUAGCCCCUACAAUUCGUAACCCCACUCCUCUCCUUCCUAACCAACAUGGCGUCCGAACUGUCUUGGCCGAACUCUAAGGACGAGUAUGAGCUGAAGGAAGUCAUAGGAAGCGGGGCAACCUCCGUGGUUCAGGUAGCCUCCUGCAAACCUAGAAACGAACAAUGUGCCAUCAAACGAAUCAACCUGGAUAAGGCGAACACCAGUAUGGAGGAACUGCACAAAGAGAUUCAAGCCAUGCGCCAGUGUAACCACCCAAACGUGGUCAACUUCUACACUUCAUUCGUCGUGAAGGAAGAGCUGUGGUUAGUGCUGAAGCUUCUGUCAGGGGGGUCCUUGCUUGACAUCAUCAAGCAUCGCAAGGCCCAGAUGGACUGUCACCAAGGUGUGUUGGACGAAAUCAGCAUAGCCACCGUCCUGAGAGAAGUUCUGAAGGGGCUGGAGUAUCUGCACAAUAACGGACAGAUCCACAGGGACCUGAAGGCUGGGAACAUCCUCCUGGGCAAUGACGGCACCGUGCAACUGGCAGAUUUUGGGGUGAGUGGGUGGCUAGCAGUCGGCGGUGACAUGGCGCGGGAAAAAGUGAGGCGAACAUUUGUGGGGACGCCAUGUUGGAUGGCGCCGGAGGUCAUGGAGCAGUCGGAAGGAGGAUACGACUUCAAGGCCGACAUUUGGAGCUUCGGGAUCGUGGCUAUAGAACUGGCCACGGGAACCGCACCUUAUCACAAGUACCCGCCGAUGAAGGUCUUGAUGCUGACCCUUCAGAACGACCCCCCAAAUCUUGACACAGGUGCAGACGAGAAAGAUCAGUACAAAAAGUAUGGCAAGUCCUUCAGGAAACUUAUCGCCGCCUGUUUGCAGAAGGACCCGGCACAACGACCAAAUGCCACAGAGCUGCUGAAGAGCCCGUUCUUCAAGAAAGCCAAAGGGAAGGAACACCUGGUGGAUGUGUUGAUUAGGGGCGGGCCUGGGCUGGAGAUGCGGUCCCAGAAGGUGAAGCGAGUGCCUGGAUCCAGCGGGCGGCUUCACAAGACGGCAGACGGGCAGUGGGAGUGGUCUGAUGAGGAGAUGGACGAGGAGAGCGAGGAGGGCAAGGUCGCAGCCGCGUCCAAAUCCCCUCGCAUCAAGAACCCGACGGGCUACGAUGAGCCUGAAGAUGUCACCGGUGCACAGCCCAAACCUGCAGACCCUCCUCCUGCCAACCAGGCACAGACCGCGCCCCCAGUCAACACACAGCCCCAGCAAGUACCCCUGGCAUUCCCUCAAGGUCAACAGUUGACGACAGAACAACAAAUGAUGUUGCAGCAGCAGAUGUUAUACCAGCAGCAGUUGCAAGGGGGCAUCAUUUAUCCUCCCCCAGGCUCUGUUCCCAUCGCCCAGCCACCUGCACCAGUACAGCUCCAGCCAGCGCAAAACUUAGUUCUCCGCCUGAGGGACACAAACAAGGAACUGAAGGACAUUCGUUUUCCCUUCAUCCCAGGAAAGGACACUGCCGACGGCGUGUCCCACGAGUUAGUAGCAGCCGGCCUCGUAGAUGGCCGAGAUUACGUGGUAGUUGCAGCAAAUUUGCAAAAGAUAGUGGAUAACCCAGCUGCCAACAAAAGUGUUACCUUUGCCCUAAGCUCAGGCUGCUCCCCUAAUGAGGUUCCUGAUGAUAAGGCUUUGGUAGGCUUUGCACAGCUUACUAUCACAGACAAGUGAAGUAGCACUUCAACAGUGGGAAUGGUUGUUAGGAUACUUAGUUUCAAUGCCAUGGCCCACAGAGUGGUUUUUGACCAAAGAGAUGCAUUACAGUUUUGUAGGUAAAACACUUCUGUUUGCUAUAAUUUUUUUAUAUUGGAGGACAAAAUGUUAACAAUUUGCAGCUUAGCAAGCUCAGAGUAUUCUUAAGUAUACAGGUAUAUAUUCGGCAUGAAACACAAAUGUCAAUGUCGAUCCUUGAUGUGAUCUGAUGUCAAAUCUGAUGUCAACGCAUUUUGUAAAGUAACUGACACAUGGGGGGGGGGCUGAAAUUACAUGCCCAGAAAUUAUAUUUGCUACGGAAUGAUUCAUUGGGAGAUUCACCACACCUGGUCAAAUUAGGUAUUCACCAGUGUCUAUGACAAGCUAGAGAUGGUAAUUUGAUUGUCACUUUUAUUGAGUCUUAAGCACUUUUGUUUGGAUUUCUAAUAAGUCUGAAAAGAACAAUAGCUACUGUCUAUAUCCUGUGUGAAGUGCAAUCCAUUGGACACUAUUGUAGCAAAGUAAAUAUAAAUAUGUAUGAUCCACAGAUCCAGUAAUGUUACAUGUAGUCACCAUGUAUAAAAAUGAUGUUAGUGUUUUGUGAAAGUUUAGUUUGAAUCGAAGGAAAGAUUGACUGAAGUUGAUUAUUAUGUAUCAAUUAUAUUUAUGUGAUAAUUAUAAUUUUACAGUAUAAUUUGCCAGCCUGAUGAUGAUUGUCACUAGAUUUACUAUGAUGAAUGUUUGAUAAAUGUGUUCGUGGUUCAAAGCCAUUGAGCAGAAAGUACUUAGCUGCAUAUAUUCCAAAUAAGGUACUACACAAUGUACCUUCAAUUAAAAGCUACAAGUUGUUGAGGGAAAUUCAAGCAGAAAGUAAUUUUUGAGGUUCAAUCUAAAAUGAUGUUGGUAAGGCUCCUUUCCCACUAGAGGGUGAUUGCUGAGUGACCAAAAUUGGAUUCGUGCCAACCUUGAUUUUGUAAUUGGAAUAAUGAUGCAUAAUGCAAAACUAUGAUUUAAAUGACAACAAAACACAAAUUUAAAACACACUAUGAACUUCAUUGAGCAAACUGUCAAAUGUUUGGCCGUUCAGUGUUGCAGCCUCUGGUGGAAAGGGGUUUUAAGUCUCUAGCAAAGACAAACACAUGGUGAGGUGACAGUUCUGAGAUGUUCUAUAUUCUGUCAUAAUGUGCAACUUCAUUUUUCACUGAACAUUGUACUUGUGUCAAUGUAGUGUCCACAUAAUGUAGUCAAUGAGAUAGGUUCAUUAUUGUGAGUAUGCAAACAAGCAUAUGGCUGUCUGUGUGACAACCACAGAAUCCACAUCUCUUUCUUUUUCAUCAUUGAGAUCUUUUGUUUCUUGCAUAUUGUAGCUCCUUACUGUAGGCACGCAAGAUACUAGUCUGUAUUUAUGUUUAGUACAACAUCUUCAUCAUGGCAUGUACCAGAACAAUUUUAAGGUGUUUGCAGAAUGAUGUAAGUUGUCGAAGUAGUGAAUGCCAUAUUGCUGGUGCUGUACAUGUGCUGUUCUGUUGGGAAAUCAAUAAAAAGCAGAAAAAAUCAGCAGUUUGCACAGAUAUUGUUAUAUAUACUAGUGUAUUGUCUGAAAUCUCCAAUUUCUUGUUUCUAGUGAAAGCACUAUAUAGCCUAGCAAGUAAAUUUAGUCUUAGUCUUUCCAACACCUACUUG